AUGAAGGAAGUAAUAUUUCUUUUAUUGGCUGUAAGCGGAACGGCUCUUUCAGCUGACCUAUGCUGUAAAAAUGAUGAGAUUAUCUGGUCCAAGGGUUUCUGUGGCAAUACAACCAAUAGAAUUCAAAGGAACUGCACGCUUGGCCACAUACUCCUUAAGGAUAUCAUCUUACAUGGCGAUAAGCUUUCCACUGAGGACACUCCUGAAUAUAUAUUUGUGGAAGAUCCUAACCUUUACUGCAUUGGCAAAAUGUAUCGAAAUGCCAAUAAUACAAGUUUAGGGACGAUUCCCGUGGCGGUCGUAUGUUUUGAAGAAAUAAAAGGAAAAAGUGACAACCUCGAAACAGGAGGAGUCUUGACUCUCAUAUCAGUAGUCUUCCUCCUAGCCACAUUCGCUGUAUACAUGUAUUUGCCGCAAAUGAAAGAUCUGCAAGGCGUCUGUUAUAUGUGCAUGUGUGUUAGCAUGGCGCUGGGAUUUUUAUCUCUAGGAGUAUUACAACUCCGUCCCGGAUUCCAAAAUGAAGUAUGCAAAAUAACAGGUUUCCUUGUAUAUUUCUGGAUGAUGGCAACAUUCUUUUGGAUGAAUGUUAUAAGCAUCAAUAUGUAUAGAAGUGUACAAGAUUCUAGUUAUUUAAAGAAGACAGAAAAGAAACAAUAUUUCCUAUACAAUUGCUAUGCCUGGGGAUUUAGUAUAUUCUUUUUGGUUGUGUCAUUAAUUACUAACUUCGUGGAAGGUGACCAUUAUAAACCUGGAAUCGGCGAAAACAGUUGUUGGUUUAGAGGACGUGCAGAAACCUGGUUAUACUUCUAUGGACCUAUAGCAAUUCUCAUAACCGUCAAUGUUAUUCUUUUUGUCCUUUCAUCUAUCAACUUAUGGAGACACACAAGGAAAUAUGAAGUUAACAAAUUAAACAAUCUUAAAUAUAAAUUCCUGAUUUCUCUUAAACUGUUCCUCGUAAUGGGAAUAUCAUGGAUUUUUGAAAUUGCCAGCUUUGCACAUGGAGGAGAACAUAUAAUUUGGAAAAUAAUGGACAUCUUCAACUGCCUUCAAGGAGUUGUAAUAUUUUUAAUACUAGUAGUAUUCAGAAAACGUGCCAUGCAAGGAUUGGCCAAAGAGAAUUGCUGUUUGUUCAUUACUCGUCCAGUAGCUGAAAAGCUAAGUCCACACGAUGAUAGUGAUGAUCAACAAAUAUUGUCGGAUGAUACUGUAGAAGUGAGACUUAAU